AUGUAUGUUCCAGUAUCCUUGUCAACAGAAGUCAAAAAAGAAUUGCAUGUCUUUUCAGAUGCUUCCAAAGAGUCAAUUGCUGCUGUCUCAUAUUUGAAAACUGUACACGAAGAUGGCAUACUUGCAGUAGAACUUAGUGAAGUGGUACUUGAGAACCUUGAUGAAGAAAUUGAUAUAGUGAAAUUUUACACUGACAGUAAAGUAGUUCUUGGCUACAUCCACAACCAAACAAGACGAUUUUAUGUGUAUGUUGAGAAUAGAGUGAACCGUAUUCACAGGUCAACUAAGCCAGAACAAUGGAAUUAUGUUCCUACAUCUGUGAAUCCAGCUGAUCGAGCAACUCGCUCUAUGGUGAAUGAUUUCUCGUGUGACGACAUAUGGCUGAAAGGACCUGAAACAUUCUUGAGUAGGCGUCAUGAUCUUGCUCAAGAAACUCCACAGCUAGUUCAACCAGAAGAUGAUAAGGAAGUAAGGCCAGAUGCUCUGGUAAAGGCAGCUAAAACCUGUGUGAUUGACAAUUUAUCAAUUGGGUGUCACAGAUUUGAAAGGUUCUCUGAGUGGUAUCGCCUAGUAAAUACUGUUGCUUUAUUGCAGAGAUGUGCAUGUGCCAAAUCAUUUAAAGGUAGAGCUGAUAGAAGUGUAGAGUCUUUCAGAAAAGCUGAAAUAUUUGUGAUCAAAGCAGUUCAAAAGGAAACUUACAAAGAAGAAAUUAGACUUCUUGAAGCAAAAAUGCAUCUUCCAAAAUCUAGCUCGAUUAUGGCUCUCAACCCGUACUUAGAUGAAGAUGGUGUGUUAAGGGUUGGCGGAAGAUUGCAACAAUCAAGUCUUGGAAGUUACCAGAAACAUCCAAUCAUUUUGCCUGGUAAAAGUCAUAUUUCUACACUUAUAGUACGUCACUAUCACCAAAGUGUUCGACACCAAGGACGUCAUCUUACAGAAGGAGCUGUUAGAUCUGGUGGAUAUUGGAUUACAGGCGUGAAACGGUUGAUCUCAUCAAUCUUACACUCCUGUGUCCAGUGUAGAAAGUUACGAGCUUUUAUUAAUGCACUUAAAAGAUUUGAAGCUCUCAGAGGUAAAGUUAAACUGUAUAGAUCUGACCGAGGAACCAACUUUGUUGGUGCAACUGAUAGCCUCAAGAUAGAUGCAGUAAAUGUGGAAGAAAAGAAGAUAGUAGACCAUCUGUACCAAACAGGCACUAAAUGGAUCUUCAACGCUCCCCAUUCAUCGCACAUGGGAGGUGUAUGGGAACGCCUCAUUCGAAUCUGCCGGAAGAUCUUAGAGUCAAUGCUAGCUGAAACUCCUUAUAAAACUUUGACGCAUGAAGUGUUAUCAACCUUCAUGGCAGAAAAAGUUGGAAUAGACCAUGUAGAAGAUUCAGUAGGAGAAAUUGAUACAAAAGACCUUUUGAAAACAGAAUGGAAACGUGUUUCUGCCCUCUCAGAAAUAUUUUGGAAUCGUUGGAAAAAAGAAUAUCUGCACACACUCCAAGAACGUAGAAAAUGGUGUUGUGCAAAACCUAGUCUCACUGAAGGUGAUGUUGUGUUAUUGAAAGACAGAAGUGUUUGUCGUACACAAUGGCCAUAUGGAAUUGUUGUAAGAGCUAUCCAAAGUGAAGAUGGCAAAGUAAGGAAAGUGGAGUUAAAGGUUAUGAGAGAUGGAAACCCAGUUGUGUACACAAGACCAAUUUCAGAGUUAAUUCUUUUGGUUUCUGGUGCUAAGUAG